CUUGGCCUUUCUAAUCGGUAAGUUGUUCAAUCGCGCAAUUGCAUGGCGACCGUUGGAGGGAGCUACAUUUCACAAUUCUUGCCUGCAUUCCGGUGGCCCUGCUAUCGGUUUUGAGGGUAAACAAACCACCAAAACAAGACCGCCUCCACACCACACCUCGUGAACAGCCUCGCCUAAACGGCAAUUGGGUUUUGAGGGCCUUCCAAUCGCUUCUAUAGCCGGCAACGGCCCUACAGGCCACAAUGUUUUCGUGGAUUACGGGCCCGCGGAUAACCAACGUCAUGGAGGACCUUCAGACAGAUCCUGCCUACGACACAACAUUCAUUGAGCCUCCGGAGACUCCAGCACAUCAGUUCGUCGCGAAGGCUUUCAAGCAGGCCAUCUUUGGAACCCCUGCUGCCGAGGAAGCGACCAUGGGCAAGAAGCUCGAGAAAAAGAAGAAGAUAGAUGCAGCCAAUGCUAAAACAGCGGAAAUACCUGCCCCGAAAGAGGAUGUGCUCUUCUCAUCACCCUCGAAACAGCCCAACGGCAUUCUCAUGACCCCCGGCACUGCUGCGAAAGGACGAAAGACAGUCUCCUUUGGAGCACAUGUGGUCGACAAUGAGGGCAAACGGGCAAAUGCAGGGAAAAAUGGGAUCCCGAAUGACUGCCCUGGAAAGUUCCCGAGCCCCUGGACCCCAGGAACUGAGCUCAAGGAGGAUGCGGACAUCGACAAAAAGCCCCACACUAAGCUCACCGCUGCUCUUUACGAAGCGCGAACAACCACACAAACCAAAACUGGUCAGAAACCUAAAGCCAAGGAUGACAGUGAUAUCACGAUAGACCUAGGUGCGCCGCGUUCAGAAUCGGGCAAAUAUUGGAAAGAGCAGUAUGAGUCAUACGCCGAAAAGAGUGAGAAGGAGAUGCGAAAGCUUGUCACGAAACAGCAGAUGGCUAAGAGCUUUGCAAAGAAGAAAGAUGGUGAGGUGAACGAGCUAGCUACGCGACUCACCGAGGAGCGAAAACGAUUUAGGACCAGGGAGCGAGAGCUGGAAGACCAGAACAAGGACUAUCAAGAGCGCCUGCGACAAGCCAUGGCGGAGAAUGCUCGCGCGAGCAUGGAGAUCGCCGCCCUUAAGAGCCGCAUAACGGCAUUAGAGAAGUCCUUCACGGUGGCGUCUUCAGACGUUCAAGAGAGUAAAGUGUCCUUCCAAAUCUUCGAAGAUUCGAGCAGGGAUUCUAGCCGUCUUCACUUAGAGCAGAAAAAGGCUUCUGAGCCCCGCUCUCGCCAUGCCGUCGAACCUCCGACCAUCACCUUAGCUAAGCCGGUCUAUUCCGCCCGCUUGCUACCAGAAGACAAGGAGAACUCACCACCGAAGGCUCGUCGAACCCGCCGGCAGUCAAUACCAGAUGCGUCCUCGCACCCAAUGAUAUCAAAUUCAACAGCAUCAAACACUGCUCAAGACUCCGCCUAUCCUUUCAUACCCGCCAAAUCCUCUAUGACCUCUUCACGACCCGAAGAACCACCUUCAAAGACGACGCUUACUCCUCGACAAAUCGACCUUCCUCAGAAGGCUACCCUAAGCGUCCGUCAACCGCAACUGAACAAGGAGAACAUUCCGACGAAAUCCGCGGCCAUUCCCCAGUCGAGCCCAUUGCCAUUGCCUUCCCCCGACCCAUGGAUGCAGCCGGACUUUUCUAGCUCCUUCCAAAAUAGCCCGCUUCCGCAGAUGGAUAGGAUGGCCUUGCCAAUCUCAAGUGGGCACUCAUAUUCCCGACCUGAGAAACCCCUCCACUCGAGUAAGCUGAUGCACUCGCGCACUUCAAAGUCUGUUUCUAUCUCUCGAAACGACAACCUUAGUGCGCGAGACGCCACUAGCCAUCGUGUUGAGAAGCCUGCGCCCCGGGACGCAGUGCGCGAAGCACCUAAGUCAAGUAAACAUGCCGCUGAGAAAUCAGCUCCUCAGGAUGCCAAGUUCGAUGUUUCGAAGAAUGGGGCACAUCAUAUGGAGGGUUCUUCACUUGUGGCAAAGAAUAGGGUGGCGCUACCGGUAGACCGAAAGGAACAAGCUAGGAGGAGGCUGGAGGAGAGGAAGCAGAGGAGAAUGGCUUCAUGAUCUGUCUCGUUCUUCAUCUUCUUGGGAGUUUUGCGGCUCGUGG